CGUACUAGUACACGAAAUUGAAAUGUACUUGCGUGUAGACUGUGACAAAAACUCGACAGAAAACCAGUUCCUUUCACGUUUUGUAAUUCUCUUUACAGAUUUUUUUACCUUCGAGUACAUGCCGAAAUGGCAGAAGGAGAGAUGAUGGAUUAUGUGGACGAGGUUUACGAAAUGGAUUGCCCAAAAUUUGUCGAUUUUACCGUUCCCCAAGAUGUGGACGACAACGCUGAUGAGUGGUUCAACUUUGACCACGAGAAUGGAGUGCCUCUCCAGCUGGAUGAAAACGCCGACCAUACCACUUCCAACAAAGCUCAGAAUGCUGCCGAACAUUCACAGCCACAGGGGUCAUCAGAGGUCUUGACUUCGGUUGAGCACAAAGCUUCUUCUGACUCUGAGACAUAUGAGAUGUCGGCUGACAGUGUUGAAAAUGGGCCGGCAGUGUCCGAGAGUGUCCUGUGCCAUGAUAGUGACAGUACAUCGCAGAAAUCAUCCGUAUCUCUGGCAACCGAGACGUCCUCAUCCUGUGCAGAUUCCUCCGGGACCGAGAUGUCGACCGAUAGCCUGGAAGACAAGCCAGAGAAGCCCAUAGCUCGCAAGCAAUACCCAAAUAUUGUCACCAGCUUUGCCAACAGAGAUGAAGUUAGCACCACUGCGGGCACCAACCAGAGCAAAGCGGAAAAGAAAAAGACUCGUUCCCGGCAAGGAUCUGUGGAAGUCGCACCGAGACCAGCGCGCAAAUCGCCCAGACUGCAUACCCGCCGCUCUGCCGAAACGAUAAGGACCAAGCGCACCUGUGCUGCCUCCUCCGAGGCCGUCAAGAGGCGCUCAGCCAACUCGGCUCUGGGUGGCCCCUGCAGCGAAGCUGCACCCACAGACCAACCAAGCAGCAAGCGACGAAAGAUGUGCAGUGAGGCGUGCCCCAAGCCGAAGACAAAGACCAACUUGACCCUCCCUACUACUCCAACCUUGCUGAAACGCUGCAUGGCGAAGCCCAGCACCCAGGCCAAAUCCUCCGAGGAGCUGGAGCUAGAAAAAAUUGCCCAGUUCCAGCACAAGCUGGCGGCUAGCCGAAAAAAGGCGGCUUUGUCAUACAAGGCUGUCAAAGAGGCUGCUCCUGUCGUGGCAGUGCACAAAGGCAUCCAGUGCACCAAGCCAGAGGAGUUCAAAUUUGAGACGGAUGCCAGACUGAAGAGCCAUCCGAUGGAGACCCGAAAUGACAGAAAGAAAGAAGACUUUGUCGGAAAUCUGCGGAAAUAUGUGCCCUCUCCAUCGAAACCACAAGGCCCCACAAAGCCGAAACCCUUCAACUUCUCGGACAGCCGUAAGCGCACCCAUGAAGAGUCCUUUGCCGGAGAGAAGAAGGGCUACGAGUUCAAACCGACCGCCCUAAUGGUCAGCCAGUUCCACACCAAGACCCCUGAUAGAUUCCGAACUAAGCCUGCCGCGGAACUUAACAAAGGACCUGAGCCCGCCAACGACCGGCCUCAGAAGGUCAAACUGACCCAGCCCAUGACCCCUGCCCUGGAGUCAAGAAAUCGACGUCGACCAGUCACCGCCAUCAGCCAGGCACAGCGGGAAGAGCAAGAAGUGGCUGAAAUGAAAAAUUACAAAUUCAAGGCAAGGCCUGUGGAUCCCCGUGUCAUGAGCAACAUCGGCAUAGGUGUGAAGACUACCAGCCAUAAGGAGCCUACGAAGCCUGUUGGCUUUGACCUGGAGAUCGAGAAGCGACUACAGGAGAGGGAAGCCACCAAGGUACACGACGAGGAACGCUACGAGUUCAGGGCCAGACCGCUGCCUGCCAAAAUCCUGGCUGGCCCCGUGGGAAUCGCUCAGGCAAAAUCUGCACCCAUCACUUUUCCAAAGUCCCCAGCAUUUGCCCUCAAGGAGCGAGCCAAGGUGCGAGAAGAGAGGGAACGAGAGAAGGAGAAAGAGCCUCAGCAUGAUAACUCCUAUGUCAUCAAAGCCAAGCCUAUCAUCCACGUCGGUGUGCCUUUUGUGCCCAGCGUCCAGCACAAGAAGACUGAGCCUGAGCCCUUCUCUUUUGAUGAGAAGAUUCAGGAGUCUAAGGUCCGCAAGGAGGUCAAGAAACAGGAAAUGUUGCAAGAGGAAGAGAAGGCGCGCCAGUUCCGUGCACAGCCUUUACCAGAUCUCAGCUUGUGCUCAGGCGUUCCUGUUAAGAAGGUCAAGCCACCUACUCAGUUGGCCCCUUUUUGCGUGGCCGACAAGGGUGCUGACAAGGCUGAAGAAUGGAGUAAAAAGAUUGAAGAGGAAAUCAAAGAAUGCAAGCGUAUGGCCAGUGCCUUCAAGGCCAAACCAGCCAACAUUUUGUACGAGGAACCGUUUGUGCCUGAGAAGUCAGCAAAACCAAUGACAGACAUCUCCAACUUUACCCUGAACACAGAGCGGCGAGCUGAGGGCCGCAAGGAGUACGAGCAGGCCAAGUUUGAGCGGCAGCUGGCCCAGGAGGCUGCCCUGUCCCAGCGGGAGGCAGAGAAGGAGGAGGAGCUGCGGCAAGAGAUGACCCGCCAGCGGGCUGAGGCUGUGCACCGGGCCCAACCCGUCCGGCAUUACAAGGCCGUGGAGGUCCUGCCCAGCAGCAAACCCCUCACCCAGCCCCAUACUCCAAAGUUCUCUAACCGCACGAGGAGGAGCACCCACGUUUGAUGAACUUGGCUGGUUUGAGUCAGAAUGGGAAUCCAUCUGGUUUAAAGGAUUGUUUUUAAUUUCUAAUGCAGUGUGUGGCAAUUUGUUUUAGGUGGAUUAAUUCCUUUUUAAUAUGCCGUGUUCCUGUGAGUCUUGGAGAUAAUGAUAGUGUAUUAAUUUUGCACAGGCAUCCAUGUAAUUAAGCUCUAAAUAUGGACUAUUCUCAUCGCAGCAUUCAUGGCCUAUGAUCGCUAUUCAGUUCUUGCAAUGGUUUCCCGCACUAACAAUGUAAACAGAAUCUGUAAUGAUAGGAUACAACUGUGCAUAAAUCUAACUUCCUUACUAGUCUGUGAAAUUUAUACAUGUACUCUUAUUCCCCAAAUUUUUAACACUGUAAACAGAGAUUCUUUACUCCAACUAAACAAACAUAUGCCACAGCUCUUAUCCUCUGUGAUCAGCCAAGAAUUUUAUUAUGCUGGUAAUGUUCAGUCAUGAUUUCCUCCAGCCAUGGCUCACAUUAUGAUUUCUUCCAACCGUGGCUCGCAUUUUGCACUCUCCCUUACUGUUGUAUCAUAGAACGCUGUCUUCCUCUGUUGUACAUAUGAAAUUUCAGCUCUGUUUUCCAUAUCAGUUCACUUAGUGUCAUUGACACUGAGCUGUUUUUCUUAAAGGCGGAGUGCCUUGACGUUCAUUUCCAAAGUGAACUUGUGCAUGGGGUUUGAUUGUGCUUAUUAUAAACCGAAAGAAUGAUUAAAGUAGCGGAAGUACAUGUAUGUGAAAUAAAUCGCUGUUUGUUGUGAGCAGGCAGCAGAGUCUUUGCACUGUCCCAAGAUUUGGCUAGGAUCCCUACAAAGCUAUAACGUGGUAUGAAAGAGACUCUGUAGGAGAAAAGGUUGGCAAUUUCUCCAAGAGUUGUUAUUGGUUGGCAUGUUGAAAUGGCGGGCCAAGUUCAAACGUUUAAUCUUUUGUAUUCCCUACCGUUCCGUGGAGGCGUCUGUGUUAUUUUUACCCUUAAGAUAUUUGCGCUUCAUACGUGUAGGCAUUUUGCAUGAAACGUACAUGUGCAUUUGCAUACACGUAGUGUACAUGUAUAUGCUUAGUACAAAAUUUUGCAACAAAUAUAGCUCCUUAGAAACUAGCCCACCUUAUAUGUGCAUACUUUAUCUAAAUCCUGGACUCUUAGGAAGCGGCACAACUAGCAAAUCGAGACCCAAAGUGUAGAAUUUCCUCUUGCAUUGAAUCCAGAGGCAUUCUUUGCCAUUUUCUAAAACAAAACAUGUAUCUGACUUCGUAAUUUUGAACCAAUUCAGUGUAUUCCUCAAGUUACAAUCAACAAACAGUUACCAGAUGUACAUAUAGUUUGUACGGCCGUCAAAGCGUACAUGUGCGCUUUUGCUGGAUUACAUGUGGACCUUACCUGCACGUCUCUCAACCUUAGCGGAAACUGUCAACUGUCCAAAUGCUUGCUCACAUCACUCGUCUGAAGGAAUGCAGUGAAAGAAACCAAUGAAUUUUACAGCACUGUUCUGCUGCAGCUAAAUACAUGUGUACUGCACUACGGAAUACGAGCGCUUUAACUCAAAUGCUCAGUUAAUUAAGAUGCAUUUUUUUCACUAAUUUCAUAGACAUUUCCCUUGAAAAGCAAAUUUUGAUGCUAGGACGAACCCGUAGUUAGACGUUCCUUUAAAUGUGUUUUUGUCCUAACGUUGUAAUCAUUCCGAUUUGGUAUUUGUAGUAAAUAGAUAAGUGUACAAUUAGUGUAAAUAGACUGGUGCGGUGCGUGUCCUUCGUAUUAAUUGGCCACUGUUUUAAGGAACACGGAGGUUUUAAAAUUUGGUGAGCUACGAUGUUAUGUUAGCAUAAUGCAAGAUGGCUUGUUAUCGAAAAAUCCUUUGCAAGGUGUUAAUAAUAAACACAAUGGACCCGAUGAGGUAUUUUACCCUAAA